UCAAAAGAGGCGCAGCGAGGGGAAGUAUGGCGCCGAGGAGCAGGGCACGCGUCUGAGGAUGUGGUGAAGGCCUAGGUCAACGGCAUACAUGCCCAGGCGACGGCCGACGAGGUCUGGGCCGUAAAACCCAGCAGUUAUGGGCAGUUCCAUUGGGUUGGGCGGGGUUGUUCGAGGCAUCGCGUGUAUGUCGUCAAUGGUGUUGAGCAGUCGGCUUGCUUGGAAGCAAAGGUGUUGUGGAUGUGAGAGGAUCUUGAGGAAGAAGAGAUCUGUCCGCUUUUCGACAACUCGCUCAGUAGACGAAUCUCUCAUGCCCGCCUCGAAGGCAACAAGGUACUGUAAAGUAUGUUGGUACGUCAGGACAUUUGCGGACACGCCCAGUUCGGCGCCACGCGGGCCAGAAGGUUCAAAAGGUGCGGCAGCGCAACCUUGGGCGGCUCCGACCUUGAUGGCAUCACCGUCGUGGCCGAGUAGACGCUGGAGCGGACUGUGCGACGUUGAACAAAUCAUGCAAACGAACCAUUUCCUGACCAUUGCCAACUGGAGAGAAGCCCAGCCUGGUUUGACCGUGUUUGCUAGAGCUUCCGGCCCGAUGCACCCUCCCCGUGCUGGGUGCAGAUGUUAUCUGAGACGAGCCUGGAGACCGUGCUGCUCCUCUCUAGGUCAGACAACGACGGAUUGGACAAAGAGGUAGUUGCGGAUGAGUUGAAACUAUGGGUUCUAUCAGAGUCUGGCAGUGGGCACAAAACUUUAAGGUUCUGACACGGAACCGUACAUGUAGUCUGGACUCGGUUCUAU